CUAGUGCUCCGUAUAUCGUUUAGUGGAACAUUUCGACAUGAAUGGAUCGAAAAAUGUACUUUGGCAUACGUGGAUAUCGUCCAGAGCAAUUCGAACCUUAGACAGGGCAGGUUUUGUGGCAACACAAACCCACGGUAUUAUCAAUACAUAGAUGGCGGGGUGCGGAUAAGAUUUGUGACCCACAUGAAAGGCGUACAACUUAACAUUUUGGCCUAUAAUCGAGAUGUGUCAACUCUUGAAGCUUGUCCAACAGAGCAAAACCUCAGAGUGUUUGUGAACCCUGGAACCUUAGAACCAUUUGGUAGUGCCAACUACUCUCAUUCCCUUCAAUGCUACUGGAGAAUAACUAGUCAAUCUCCACGGAAGAAUGUCCGCUUCGAGAUCACAGAGAUUGAUGUAGAAGAUUUCCGACUGUGUUCAGCAGAUUCGCUCUCGGUUUACGACGGCGAAACAAUUUCGAAGAGUAGAUUACUUGGAAAAUUCUGUGGGAAUGAUAUUCCCCCCGUCCUUUGGUCGAGUACGAGCACACUACAUGUCGUGUUUGAGUCAGAUACCACACACGAAAGAAAGGGAUUCAAGGCAAAGUUUGACUUUGUUAGUUCUGACACCAGAUGCCCGUCAAAGUACCUCCCAAAGCACCUGAUUUCCCCAACGUCCUUGAUGCCUUUUGGACUUAGUGCGCAGCUCUCGGACAUGGAGUGUCAUUGGAUCGUCACGACACCUAGUGGACAUAAUGGGAUGAUUUUGACUUUGAUGGAGUUUCUUAUGGAUGAGGGAGUCAGCUGCGGUGAAGGCCGCCUCUCAAUUUAUGAGAUAACACCCUACUCCGAAACUCCACUGGGUGAAUAUUGCAAAGAAAGUGAAAACCAACGUAUUGUCUUCUCUGCCUCUGGCCAGGUGCGUCUGGUAUUCCGUCUAUCAGGGACGGCAGCAUCAAAGGGAUUCUGGAUAUCAUUCAAUCUGCGCCCAGCCAAAUGUGAAGAAGUUCUUAUGUCACCCUCUGGCAUGAUUAAGACUUCUUCUUAUCCAUCGCCAUACUUUCCGGACGAGCAUUGCACAUGGCGUAUACAAGGGCCACGUGGAAAAGUUAUCAAGCUGACGUUUAUGGACGUCGACCUCGGUGACAGCGGUGACUAUGUUGAGAUUCUGGAACCAUCAGACAUUGCAGGUGUCGUGGACCGACGUCAAAGAAUCGACAAAAUGAUGUCCGAGCCCUAUCUGAGCAGUUCAAAUAAGCUUCUGGUAAAAUUCAGGUCUAACAAUGCGACAGGUGGCAGAGGCUUCAUGGCUGUCUACGAUUCGAUAACAGCCCCACCUGUAUGUGGGGGUGUGAGCAAUGGCGGGGAAGGUGUGAUAUCGUCCUCAGAUGUGGUAAUCAACCCUCCGCACCGGGACUGUGAGUGGAUAAUAAAGGCUGGCGAGGGCAAAGUCCUGAAGAUAACAUUUAGUUCCUUGCAAAUGCAGCCAGCAUUUGGAAACUCAGCCUGUUCAUAUGAAUACGUGGAGAUAAGAGACGGCGCAACUAGUGCUGAUCUUCUGAUAGGUCGUUAUUGCGGUGACGCCUUACCCCGUGAUAUUUUGACGUCCACCAACGAGGUGUAUGUCAAAUAUCAUUCUGACCAUUUAGUAAAUGGAAGACGAUUCAGAUUAUCGUACAAAGAAACAGAAGCCAUAUGUGGCGGUUAUCUAACCGGAAGUGAAGUACCUUUUAAGCUGACGUCACCACAUUUCCCACGUGACUACCCUUAUAACGUCAGAUGCAAGUGGAUUGUUCAGCCUUUACCUGGUGACCAUCUGGUUGCUUACGUUACCGAGAUUGCUCUAGAGUCAUCAGUCAACUGUCGUUACGACUACCUCGAAAUAAAAUCGAAUAAAAACCAGACUACAGAGCUGCGAGCGUGUGGUACUGAUUACCCACCAGAAUGUUUGAUAGAUGACGCUGUGGAUAUUUAUUUUGUGGCGGAUUCUACAAUAAGCAAGAAAGGGUUUUCAAUGACUGUUACAUCAACACGUUUUCCCAAGACAGCCGAGUUGGGAUAUACAGUUACGUAUCCAGAACCUUGUCCAAACUCUACAAAUUUCCAGACUGACAUAAAGACCAUGUUUAGGGAAACAUUCUUCAAGCAGUCUCUACAGCCUCUUUGUGUAAGCCCACCAUGCGAGUUUGGAGACACCAUAAUCAUUUGUCAGCCAAACUCAUUCGUAGUGGCAUUUCGUAGCCUCGAGGACUUGACUACGUAUGAUGAACAGAACCAACAUUUUACCAAUAUCUCAACACUGAUUUCAAAGUUAAGCAGAGACAGUGCUUUCUUAGAAUUGGAGCAUGAGUUGUUUGAAGGAUAUUUCGUCACACCAAGAAAGAAUAGACGUCGUCAAAAACUCAUUCCAACGCUGAAAGUUACAUGUCGAGACAAAGCGCCCAUUGGUUACCAGUGCCGUGCAGGUAUGGCAUCGUGUGAUAAUGUUUCAUGUCGACAUGGAGCCACUUGUUUGGAAGUGGAAGGAAGUGCCAAAUGCGCAUGUGCUAAAGGCUGGGGUGGGCCAGAAUGCCAAUUUCGAGACACCUGCAGGGUUAAUCCGUGUUUAAAUGGUGGAACAUGUUACAAUGGUAUAGGUUCAAAGUAUCAAUGCCGAUGUUUGAUUGGGUUCUCUGGACGAAGAUGUGAAAGACGACUGUCUUCCCUAUACACGCUUUUGGGAAAGUUUUUUGCAACCCUUCAUUCGAGUCACAGUCCGUGAAUUUUCAUAUAUUUUUAAUCAAACUUUUGUUUGUAUUGCCCAUAACAGUUAGAAACGCAACACAUAUAUUUAUGGAUUAGCGUUUAUUUAUUCUAAAAUAUAUUCAAGUGUUUGCUUUGGGAACAUCGUGAUAAGCAGUAUAAAACGUGUAUUGAUUGUUAGUUAUAAAGCUGUUGAAAAGAAUUCCUGAAUCACACUUUCAUAGAGUAUCAACACAUGUUGCAUGGAAAAAUUACACUGAAAAUGAAAAUGCCCUAAACUGCACAUACAGUCAUAACUAUUCCGCGUUCUUUUGUUGAAACUUAAUGAUAUUGAUUGUAACAUCACAUACUCUGACUAAAUAGUUCCAAAUUUGCUGCAGACCAUUUUUGAUGAUGCUUCUACUGUAUAAAUUCAGUGAAAUAAUGUAGAACAGUUUCAUUAGCUAUGUUAUUGUAAUAGACUUGUGAAGAUUAUUUUGUCUAUAGCUACU